AUGAAGUUUAGAGUUGUUUGCAGGAAGGUGUACGAUUACGUGAGGUACGAUCUGAAAGAGAUCGCCUUCCCGUCUUCUCUGCCGGACCCUCCGGGCACCAAGAGGCGCCCUAAACUCACACUGAAAGAAAAAUGGUGUAUCCUCAAGGAGGCAUCUAGGCUGUAUGGGGCUUCCUGGGUCAGGGACAUCGGUCCAGAGCUCAGGCCGAAUGAUUACAAGAAGGCCAAAAAGGAAUCUGAUCCCAACAUUACUGACGAGGGUAACACCACAACUGAACCUACUGUGCUUGAGGACCUCGCGGUGGCAGCGAGGGGUGGGGCCGAGACUCUGAAGCCUGCGCUGCGGCGCAUAUACAUGACCCGCGCCUCAACCUACACAAGUGCAGUGAAGAACUAUGUGGAGACCUAUCAGGAAGGGCUGAAGGAUGUGUUGGACGAGAAGGCUGGAAACGGUCACCAGCAAGGCAAUGAGCCGAGGAGAUCAUCGACGUCGCCUCCGCCCCCGCAAUCAUCAUCAUGA